CGCGGGCGCCGCGCGGCGCCCGAGGCGAAAAAGUAGCUGUCAAAUGCGCGGCGCCUUUAACCGGCGCGAUCAGUGCGGCUCGGCGAGUCAUGGCGACCGCAGCCUCCAACCACUACAGCCUGCUCGCCUCCGGCUCCCCCAUGGUGCACGCCGAGCCGCCCGGCGGCAUGCAGCCCGGCGGCGGCUACCGCGACGCCGGCGCCCUGGUGCAGGCGGACUACGCGCUGCAGAGCAACGGGCACCCGCUGAGCCACGCUCACCAGUGGAUCGCGGCGCUGUCCCACGGCGGCCCCGGCGGUGGCGGCGGCGGCGGCGGCGGAGGGGGCGGCGGCGGCGGCGGCGGCGGCGAGGCGCCCUGGUCGGCGGGCGCACUGGGCCAGCCCGACAUCAAGCCGGCGGUGGUGCAAGCGGGCGGGCGCGGCGACGAGCUGCCGCCGCCGCCGCAGCACCCGCCGCCGGGGCGGGCGCCGCACCUGGUGCACCACGGCGGCGGCGGCGGAGGGCACCACGCGGCGGCGGCGGCGGCGGCGGCGGCAGCGGCGUGGCGGGCGGGCGGCGCGGCGCACCUGCCGCCCGGCAUGGCCGCGGCCAACGGCGCGCAGGCGGGGCUGCUCUACUCGCAGCCGCCCGGCUUCACCGUCAACGGGAUGCUGGGCGCCGGGCAGCCGGGGCUGCACCACCACGGCCUGCGCGACGCCCACGAGGAGCCGCCGCCGGGACCGCCGCACCACGGCCCCGAGCACCCGCCGCCGCCCCACGGCCCCCACCCCGGGGCGGCCGGGCCGGCACCGUCCGCCGCCGCCGCCGCGCCCCCCGGGCCACCGCCGCACCACGACCCGCACUCCGACGAGGACACGCCGACCUCGGACGACCUGGAGCAGUUCGCCAAGCAGUUCAAGCAGCGGCGCAUCAAACUGGGAUUUACCCAAGCGGACGUGGGGCUGGCGCUGGGCACCCUCUACGGCAACGUCUUCUCGCAGACCACCAUCUGCCGCUUCGAGGCCCUGCAGCUCAGCUUCAAGAACAUGUGCAAGCUGAAGCCUUUGUUGAACAAGUGGUUGGAGGAGGCGGACUCCUCCUCGGGCAGCCCCACCAGCAUAGACAAGAUCGCGGCGCAGGGCCGCAAGCGGAAAAAGCGCACCUCCAUCGAGGUGAGCGUCAAGGGCGCGCUGGAGAGCCACUUCCUCAAGUGCCCCAAGCCCUCCGCCCAGGAGAUCACCUCGCUCGCGGACAGCCUACAGCUGGAGAAGGAGGUGGUGAGAGUGUGGUUUUGUAACAGGAGACAGAAAGAGAAGCGCAUGACUCCCCCGGGAGGGACGCUGCCGGGCGCCGAGGACGUGUACGGGGCCAGCAGGGACACGCCGCCGCACCACGGGGUGCAGACCCCCGUGCAGUGAACUCGCGGCGGGGGCGCCCGGCCCCUCCUCCUCCUCUCCUCCUCCUCUCCUCCUCCUCCUCUCCUUCCCCCAACUUUUGAUUGUCCUCCUUUUUU